GUCAACAUGGAGGUCUCGUUAUAUCUUGACCCGCAAAUUCGCGACUGGGUCCUCUUUCCCAUCACCCUUGUCAUGAUACUGGUGGGAAUACUGCGACAUAAUGUUGCUCUCUUGCUGCAAUCUGCUCCUAAAAAGCUGUCGCGCACUGCAACUCGUGAACAACGUGCCCUCCUUCGUUCUCAGAUUCUGCGUGAAAGCGCAUCCUAUUCUCCCGUUCCUCCUAUAUACUACAAGUCAAUAUCAAGUCAUCUCGAUCAAGCGUUUGAAGCAGGGACGUACCUGAAGGAUGGUCCACCGACUUCAAAGGACGGUAAAGAAGUUGCUGCGGCUCCACCGAACCCUCUGGACCCGAAUGCGAUGGAAGGAAUGAUGGGUGGCUUGAAAACGCAGGCAGUAAUGAUGGUACCGCAAAUGAUUCUUAUGGGCUGGAUCAAUUUCUUUUUCCAAGGCUUUGUGCUCAUCAAGCUCCCGUUCCCAUUGACUCUGGGAUUCAAAUCCAUGCUUCAACGCGGAAUCGAAACACCUGAUAUGGACGUUCGAUGGGUGUCCUCUCUCUCGUGGUACUUCCUCAAUUUCUUCGGACUCAACGGUCUCUACCGCCUAAUUCUUGGGAAUGACAACGCUGCGGUGGGGGCCGAUCCGAUGGUCAACCCUUAUGCCAACGCGACGAUGCCAGGCGCCAUGCCAGGUCAACCACAAGACUUCGCAAAACUCUUCAAGGCGGAACGCGACAACCUUGCUUUAGCUGAUGGGCUUUACAAGUGGAGUGGGGCGGAUGUUGAGUUACGUGUCUUGAGAAAAUACGGGCGCAUUGCUCCUGCAUAA